GACCUAUAAAUACUUCCAAUAUGCCCGACAAUCUCCUAAGGGAUACCUUCACAAAUGCUUGCUUCAGCUGUAACGAUGCAUCGGAUAACGUGUCUUUGCGGGAACAUGUCUCGGCAACUGGGCGCGCAGCCUCGGAGAAACGACAACGCCAUAGAUCUAUCUCUCUGUCACUGCAAUACCUGCCGCUAUUCAACUGGCUUACUCUGUACAUCUUACGUUCCCACCGAGAAACCGAAUUCUUUUGAUAAUUUGAGUGUCUUUGAUGGGGCAGAUGGUUCGUCUCGGUAUUUCUGCUCAACAUGCGGAUGCCAUAUAUUUCAAUCACUCAAAGGCCGCGAUGGCGAGUUGAGCUGGGGAGUGGCUACGGGUGUUAUUAUUUGCAGUGACGAUUCAAACGAGAGAGUGAGAUAUGCAGCACACCAGAAAGUUGAAGAUACUGCUGAUGACGGUGCUUCAAUCUGGAUCCCCCUGGAAGAACAGCAGAGAUAUUCAGUCCACUCACAUUCGGACUCACUUUUACAAACGACAUAUCUCGACGCGCUAUGCGCCUGCGAGGCUAUACAUCUUCGCAUCACACGUCCAAACACGGCCAGUUACCUACCACAUCGCAACUACACUGACCUAAUGCAUCCACACUGUUCUACCGAGGAGUCCAUUACAUCAAACCCAUCAGACGAAAAGUGGUGGGUCCAAGGAGACAAAUACCUUGCGGGAACCUGCGCCUGCGAAUCUUGUCGCUUAGCCUCUGGUUUUGAGAUACAGACAUGGGCCUUCAUCCCUCGAGCCAACAUCUCCAUCUUUGCUCCGGACAGCUCAAGAACAGAGGUACCAUUGGACUUUGAGAGUUUACCAACGGGUGCUUUGAGGUCCUACCAAUCUUCACAAGGGGUAGUUCGUCACUUCUGUGGUGGAUGUGGUGCAACUGUAUUUUGGCGCGGUGUUUCUGAUCCAAGUGUAGUCGAUGUGAGUGUAGGGCUGUUUCGAGCUGAUGAAGGGGUCAGAGCAGAGAAUUGGGUGCAUUGGUUUACGGGACGUGUAAGUUUCUCUGAAGAAGUUCAGACUCAUCGAUCAGGUCCUUUUUCGGUUGCGGCUAAGAGUUUGAUAGACAGCCUAUCAUCGGGACUGAAGAUAAGAUCUCUAAACUGACUUGACUUGGCGGGCUUGGUAACAUUCUCUUUUAAGAGCCAGAAUCUUAUCAUAAAAGCCAAGAUUCUCUUAAUUCAAGAAGUUGAUUUAUUUCUUAUAAAAAAGCAGACGGUAUAUUAUCGCCGCAACAAUAUUUCGAACCAGCUUUCCAUGAGCAUAGAUGGUUUGAUAUUUACAACGUCAUUAUGCAAAGAAUAAUACUCGAUAUGCAAAAUUAGGUUAGGAAAAAUAAACAAGG